UUGUGCUCCACCCAGUCCAUCCAUCACUUUGUAUCAACUGGGUCAUCAUGGUGGUCAAGGCGUCCGAGAUCGCGCCUGCCGCGUACGCUGAAGGCAGCACCAGCAACGUCCAGAAAGAAGACGAUCUGACGUACGAUCUGGGCAACUUGGCGGCCUUUGACACGCAUCCGUUCACUUACCAGAACGAGAAGGAGCUCGCUCUCCAUGCUCGUGAGAAUGUGCAACUGCUGAUCAACCACAUCUUCGAGUUGCCACGCGAAAUGUCCGAUAUGGGUCCGUUGGCCCAAUUACCCGCUCCGGAGACGGUGAUUCCUCGCGAAAAGCCGCUGCCGAAGCCCAAGGUGGAGACGAAGUGGGAGAAAUUUGCCAAGGAGAAGGGCAUCGAGAAGCGGAAAAAGAGCCGCAAGGUCUUCGAUGAAGCCACUGGCGAGUGGAGCCACACGUGGGGAUACCAACGUGCUGGUGACAAUAUGAAGGACUGGGCUGUCGAGAUGAAGGAGGGCGACAUGGAGGACCCCUGGACGAAGCGCAAGCAGGAGAAACGCUCUCGGGUGGACAAGAAUUUGCGUGCACAGGCCAAUAACCUCAAGCAGGGACGUGGCAAACAAUUGGCUGGUAUUGCCGGCCGUACCCCCACUGGUAUCCCAGUGGAACUCAUGAAUACUGACGAUGCGAAGGCCAAACAACGCGGUAAAGAGGGCACCAAUAAGACACUGGAGAAGGUCCAGUUCUCUACUGCCUCUAUGGGCAAGUUCGAUAAAAUGCGUGAGGGUGAGUCGGAGCGUAAGAUUAAGGGCAAACGCAACCAUUUCCUGCCUACUACUGGCGCUGAGACGACCGAGAAGGAGCGUAGCAUGAACGCUCUGAAGCGUGUAUUGGGUCGGGAGGAGAAUGCCGGUAAGCACAAGGGCAAAACGUUUGAUGAUGAAGAGGAAGGCGAAGGUGGCAAGCGCAAGAAGAAGGGCAAAAAGCUGAAAAACAUCACCAAGGGCGCGGCCAAGAAGCGACGGACCAAGUAAAUGGAAGGUUGAUGCAGUAGCUACCAGGGGGGAAAACUCUUCACUCUUCAUAGAUCACAUAAUAUAUGCUGCAUGUAGCCAAACCUGUGACAGUUUGUAUACUUGCAUUCAUUAUGCUGCUUUAU